UAUUAGGCAAUUCAUGAGCCGAAGAGGGAAAAGAUUUAUGAAAUUACUUGAUUGUUCUUCACAGAAUCACAGCACAUAGUAUAACUAGCCUUUUGUGCGAUGCGGGAAAAUUCAUUCCCAAUAUUAAUUACUUGAUUGUUCUUCCUCUCCGCGCUGGCAACAUCGUCGAGAUCGUCGGCCCUUCGCCUUCCGCCAAAACCCAAAUCCUUAUACAGGCUUCAAUAAAUUGCAUUCUGCCCAAGGAAUGGAAGGGCGUGCAUUAUGGAGGUUUGGAGCGCCCAGUGAUGUUCAUCGACUUGGAUUGCCGUUUCGAUGUUUUGAGCCUCUCAGCUUCACUGAAGCAGCGCAUACUUAAAGCCAAUGGAAAGAGUAUGCAAUGCUUAAAGGAGGCAGAUGCAGAAUAUGACAAAGAAUUAUUUGCAGAAAGCAUGAGACGGUUCUUGUACAUCCGUUGCUAUGAUAGUAUCCAGUUUCUGGAUACACUUAAGUAUUGGAGCUUUUCACUGGAUGGAUCGUGCUUCUGCAUUUAUGCCGCAAGGGAGCAGCAACAGUCCUUUGUUUCUCACAGAAUGCUUGUGCGCCCUUCAGAUAAUGUGUCUAGGAGUGUUUUGGCUGCAACUAACCGUCAAUUAGAGCUCUUAGUCUUCCUUCUCUCAGUGAAACGGAAGCUCAUCCACCUAUUACAAAAGUACGAGGGGAAGUUCAUACUCGAGAAGUCAAAAAUUGUCAAGGAAAAUUGGUAGUCCCGUUUCAAAGAUUUCUCGGAUUUUUACUUCUAUGGCACUUUUCUCCCUCGUGGUUGCAUUUGUAAUAGCUCUUUGAGUGUGGUGAAUCAUUCACCAUCUUCUUCCCAUACUUCCUCCAAACCCAUCCAUCCCAUUCGUCCACCUUCUUAACUGGAACUUCAACCUUCUCAACCGCCACUUGAACCUUCUCAACCAACAUUUCAACCUCAUUCACUUGAAGCUUCUCAUCCUCCAAGCCACCACUUUUUUCAAGACUAUCAGUUUGGGGACUUGGAAGGGACUGUUGAGGUUCCAAAGUAGGAGAAGGGUUGGGACUUUGAGGAACUGGGGUGUCCUUCUCGAUACCCCCCGAGCCCGAGCCAUCAACCUUGUCGAGACUAGUAGGGGGAAUGAUGGUACCCUGAGGAUCUACGAUUGGUUCUCUCGUCUUUCUACUAGUAAACCUAUCAAUAACCUCUUCUAGCCCGAAAUAGUACCUUUCGGUCACUAUGCUAGGAAAAGCACUACCAUUGUCAUGGCUUUGUUGAGGGAGUAAAGGAAUUGAUUGGCUAGGAAAAUCACCAUUAAAAUGUUCAUGAACAUCUUGGCUACUUGAAUUCCCAUUGAGGUUGCUGCAGCCUCUCACCACUGCAGCAAGAUCCCAAUCAUUUUCACCAUCCAUAUUCUCUCUAGCUGGGUUGGGAUAGUGUAUGUUAUGAUGAAGAUUAAUGGAGGAAGGUUAGUUCAUUAUAUAGAGUUGAUUUUUAAUGUGAGAGUUGUAUUGAUUGCUUAGGUUAAAAUCUGUUAAUUAUUUUUUCCAUGAAUCAAAUAUAGUAUAAAGGUUUUAUUUCCUUGCA